AUGGAAAUACCAUACUUACCGGAUGAAAUUCUCUACACUAUUUUCAAGGCCGUUGGCGAGUGUGAUGCAAAGAACCUUGGUUCUUUGCUCCGUGCGGGUAAGAGGGCUCUUCGCCUUGUCUAUAAGGAAGAUCUCUUACGGACAUGUAACAUACAGUCGCUAUACAUGGAGAAUCAUGAGGACAUACUUGAAGGGGGUAAGGCAAGAUGUUUCUUCGAUAAGUGUUUACGUUCUGCGAACCCAGUCGCAAAUUAUGUUGAAGCUCUAAACCGCAUCAUCCACCUGAGGGACAUGGAUGGAGGAAUAGAGUUACUGGAGUCAAACGGAUUUAAUCACCCCAAAUCAACGCUUGCAGCCGCCUUGUGUUGUGCGUGUUCCGGGGAUGAUUGUUCCGCAAGUAAGUUGUUCAAAGUAUUUAUCAGUAGCCACGGCCAUCUUCAUGAAGAAGGAGCAAUAACCAUUGGUUGCUAA